AUGAAUAAUGAUUCUGAUAGACGAAAAUUAUCAGCUGGUGGACGAAUGGGUCGACGAUUUACACUUAAUCCAUUAAUUUUUGCUAAAGAGGAACGUGAAUUAAGGCGGCAAUCUUUGGCGCAAUUGAAAUUAUCAUACUAUCCAAAGAAUGCACAUCCUGAUACCUAUGAUAGCGGUGUUGGCUUUUGUGGUUGGUUUGUUAUUAUGCUUGCUUGGAUUAUACUUUUUUCAACAUUUCCCAUAUCUGUUUGUUUCUGUCUUAAGGUGGUACGAGAAUAUGAAAGAGCUGUAAUAUUUCGAUUGGGUAGGUUAAUUGGAGGUGGCGCAAAAGGUCCAGGAAUAUUUUUUGUAUUACCAUGUAUAGAAUCAUAUGCUAAGGUAGAUUUACGUACGGUAUCAUUUAAUGUACCACCACAAGAAAUUUUAACAAAAGAUUCUGUAACAGUAAGCGUUGAUGCAGUGAUAUACUAUCGAAUAUGUAAUGCUACAAUAUCAGUAGCAAAUGUUGAAAAUGUUCAUCAUUCUACCAGAUUAUUGGCACAAACAACGUUACGUAAUAUGCUUGGUACUAAAAGCUUAUCAGAAAUCUUAUCAGAUCGUGAUGCUAUUGCAUUAUCAAUGCAGGUACUUUUAGAUGAUGUAACAGAGAGAUGGGGUAUUAAAGUUGAACGAGUUGAAAUAAAAGAUGUUCGUCUUCCGGUACAAUUACAACGUGCAAUGGCUGCUGAAGCAGAAGCAGCACGUGAAGCUCGAGCAAAGGUGAUUGCAGCGGAAGGUGAGCAAAAAGCAUCACAUUCGUUGCAAGAAGCGGCAUUGACUAUAUCAAAAUCGCCUGCAGCGUUGCAGUUACGUUAUCUGCAAACACUUAGUAGUGUAGCUGCUGAAAAGAAUUCAACAAUAAUUUUUCCACUACCAAUGGAACUUAUUCGACAUUUUAUCGAAUGA